AAGAACAGGAUGUUCAUUUAUUAGAGAAUGCAUUUUCUUGUUGUUUUGAUGAUUUUUACCCACAAUCUAUGAUCAUAGAUUGUGAAAACCUUCAUUAUCCUGCUGAAACUUUUCCGCAAAAAAUAUCUAAACUUCGCAAAAAAUUAUUUGAUUCUGCGUUGAUAUUAAGUGAAAAUAAUGAAUCUCAAAUAUUUAAAAACUUCUAUCAUAAUGUAACGCUUUUGAAAUUUCUGUCUUCUGAAGGGUUUAUUCCACAUAUGAAAGCAGUUUGGGAAGAAAUUAAUGCCAGUGGUAAUUUUCUUUAUUUUAAAGAUUCAAAGACAAUACAGCAGUGGAGCGCAAUGGAGAGAUUAGUUAAUAGUUAUAAUGAAACUACGAUAAAAUCUUUCGAAGAAAAUGGAUUAAAAUUGAUAGAAGAACAAACAAAUAAAGGACAAUGGAAUGAUAUUGCUUUUGAAACUUAUCUUACGCAAGAAUCGGAAAAUUUUUGUACCGAAACGAUUACUAAUUUUAUAGAAAAAGUUUCUAGUCAAUAUGAGGCACAAAUAAUUGAUGAGGGUGAAACCCAUAUAAAAGCAGCAUUUUCUUCUAAAAAGCAAGAGCUUAAAGUAAUAUAUGUAAAAAAGCAACGGCAAUUUAAAGAAUCUUGGCUAAUAAAAUCAGCAGAAAUGCGAAUUGGUGAGACGAUUGGGAAUAUUCUUAGAGAGCACAAAGAUAAAACGCCUGAUGAAUUUAAAAACUAUUUUUCCGAGUCGAAAUGUAAAGAAUUAUUUAAUGAAGAAUGGGAAAAGGUAGAAAAUGAUAAAGAAAAUUUUGUAUGCGCUAUGAUAAAAGAAGGAAACAUGCUGGAAAAACAUAGCAAUUCAGGGGAAAGAUUAAAGAUUGACAAAAUUUUUUGGAAUCAUGUCUUAACACCAAAAACUUUAAAUCAAGUGGAAUUUUUAGAUGAUACCGAUAAGAAGUUUACUGACAGUAUUAAAAUAAAAGACAAUAAUAUUGGUGUUACAAUUAUAAAUGUGCUUUGCCAAAAUAAUGCAGAAAAGAAUGACUUUAAGAAAACAGUUAUAAAUAAGCUUAAAACUGAAAUUGAAGACACAUGUAAACAAAUACAUGACGACAUUUUGUCCCGAAAUGUUCUUGCAAUUGAAUUUGAUCAAGCUUUAGAGUGGCUUAAAACAUUGUGCGAUAAUAUUUUUAUCGUGCAAAAUGGUUUUAAUGGUUUAAAAAAUCAGUUCAAGGUUCAAAUUGAAAAUUUUAGCUCAAUGGAGCAAUAUUUACGCUUCAAAGUUUUUACUGCAUUAAAGAAUAGUACCAUGAAAUGGAAAUCCUUGCAACAAAAAAACCUCAAUAAUCUUCGUGAAAACUUGUCAAAAUAUUUUUAUAAUAUACUAAGUAAUUCUUCUUACGAAAAUAUUGCCAUUCAUUUUUUCGAAUAUAUUGCCAAAUCAGUCGAAAAUCAAUUGGUUAUCCAAGAAAAAUACAUAUCAAAAGUGUUAGAAAUGGAUUUGAAGCAGAAUUGGAUGAACAAAGAAAGAAACCUUACACGCUAUGCUUACGAACAAAGUUUCGGUGUAUAUGAUGUUGAAAAAACUCAUAUAAAAGUUAAAGAAAGAUUUGAAAAAAUAGAAAAAGCUGUCAACGAUGCUUUAGAAAAACUUGGCGGAGUCAUAUCAAUUUGUCAUCAACAUUUUUUAGGAUCAACAGAUAAAAAUUUGCCAUUUGAAAAAAUUAUUUCGAAUAAUAGAAUCAAAAAUACUAGUGAAAUUGAUUUCAAAAAAUUUAGUUUUACUUUACCAGCAUCUUUAAAUGAGACUAUAUGCCCAGAAAGUUUAAUGGAGGAUGCAAUAUAUGUUCUUGGAAAAUGUAUUAUUAGCACCCCUCAAGAUUUCUGCAUUAUACUAAAAGAAUACUAUAAUAAAUACGUACAAGAAUUUAAUACACUAUGGAGAUCUCAACGUGCGGAUCUUUGUAAAAAAUCAUUAAUAGACUGUAUAGAAAACUCUAAAAACUGUAUAGAAAACUCUAAAAACUGUAUAGAAAACUCUAAAAAAUCGUAUUGGAAUAAGGUUAAAGGAUGUCGACAUAGAUGUCCAUAUUGCGGAUCAAAAUGUGAAUUAUCAGAACAUGAGCCCAACACAAAUCACAGAGCAUCAAUUCAUUUGAUGAAGUGUUUUGGUGGUGUUAGGAAACUUAAAACACGAGAAGCAAGUUUAAAAAUAUGUAAUGAGCCUGAAAGUUUUGAUAUUAAAUUUAAGAUUUUUUCCGAUAAAGAUUAUAUUAUGUGGAAAGAAUAUUUAAAAGUUAAUCAUCCGGAAUGGUGGCAACUUUAUGAGCGAAAAGAGCCUGACGAAGAUCAAAUAAAACAAGCCAGAGCUAUGUGGAUGCAUUUAAAGACGGAAUUAUGCAGCAAAUAUAAUAUGGUAGAUAAUACACCCGAAAAUUGGCAUAAAGAUUAUGCUCAUCUUGCUAAAAAAUGA